GAGCACAUCGAUUAUCAUGGGUACGGUGUUCUGCCUAUGGCUACAGAAUGCGGCACAGAAAUCUUAGCUGCUCCUAAUGAAGAAUCGAUUAUACGAAUUGCCAAUGUGGAUGACCAAUAUCCGGAACACGUCAUAUCUAUUCCUUCUGAUUGGUCUGGAGUGUCCCCACCAAAAUGGUACGACUACGUAAUGUGUGGGUGGAAAGGAAUAAUCGAGAAGCUUAAAUGCAAUCAAAUCGGAUUUGAUAUUUUGGUAGAAGGCACGAUCCCCCCGUCUUCCGGCCUCUCCAGUAGUUCAUCUCUCGUUUGUGCCGCAGCUCUCACAACCUGGAUGGUUCAUACAAAGAAAAUAUUUGAAAAUUUAACAAGGUAUAACUUCCUAUUUUUAUAUAGUAACAUUUCUGAUUAUAACACUCUAGAGAAGAACUCGCUGAUCUUUGCGCUGAGGCUGAACACUAUAUUGGCACACAGGGUGGUGGAAUGGAUCAGGCAACAGAGGUAG